AUGCACACUUUUAUCCUUCUCUGCUGCUUUGGCUUUUUUCUCACCUCUGUGCUUGGUGAGAAUAAUGAGACAGACCGGUUGGCAUUGCUCAGCUUCAAAGCCAAGAUUAGUAAAGAUCCUCUUGGGGUCAUGAACUCUUGGAAUGAUAGCAUCCACUUUUGCCAAUGGAAAGGUGUUUCAUGUGGUCGCCGACAUCAAAGGGUCACUGCGUUGGACCUGCACUCUCAAAAACUGGUAGGCUCUAUAUCCCCAAAUGUUGGAAAUUUAAGUCUUUUGUGGAAGCUAAACCUUGAAAACAAUAGCUUUUAUAAUGAAAUUCCUCAAGAAAUUGGCCGUUUGCGUAGACUACAAGUCUUGCUAUUGAACAAUAACACAAUAAGUGGAACGGUUCCUAGCAAUUUAUCCAAUUGUACCAAACUCUCAGUGUUUCAUGCUGCUGUUAAUAAUCUGGUUGGAGAAAUCCCCACAAAGCUUGGCACCUUGUCAAAGCUUCAAACAUUUGCUAUUCAUAAAAAUAAUCUAAUAGGAAUCAUCCCACCUUCUUUUGGAAACUUAUCAUCUCUAGAAGGUUUUUCUGUAGCUUAUAAUAACCUGAGUGGGAGUAUCCCUGAUUCUUUUGGCCAAUUGACCAAACUUAAAAUCUUUGCUGUGGGUUCAAAUAGGUUGUCUGGUACAAUUCCUCCCUUGUUCUUCAAUAUCUCUUCAAUAACAAAGAUUGAUGUAGCAGUUAACCAAAUCCAAGGGCAUCUUCCAUCGGACAUAGGUAUCACUCUACCAAAUUUAGAAACAUUUACCAUCAGCAACAACCAAUUUAUUGGAUCUAUCCCUAUUUCAAUAUCUAGUGCCUCGAAUUUACAUAUACUAAAUUUGGCUGAGAAUAAACUAACUGGAAAAGUUCCUUCUUUAGAGAAGCUAAAUAGAGUGAGGUUGUUUUCCAUUGCCGAAAACCAGCUUGGAAAUGGAGGAGCAAAUGACUUGAGUUUUCUCUGUUCUUUGUCAAAUGCUACCAACCUAAGAGAUUUGGAGAUAAAUACCAACAACUUUGGGGGGGAGUUGCCUAAAUGUAUUGGCAACAUCUCAACUAGUCUUACCUUUUUCUAUUUGAAUAAUAAUAAAAUAUUUGGAAAUAUUCCUAGUGUUAUAGGGAAUCUGAUCAACCUGGAGGAUAUAGAAAUGUGGAACAAUAAAUUUUCAGGAGACAAUAAUCUUCAGGGAAGCAUCCCUUCAAGUCUAAGUCAAUGCCAAAAUUUGAUAACUUUUCAUCUUCCCCGUAAUAAUCUUAGCGGUAUCAUAUCCUCCCAAGUUAUUGGUCUCUCAUUUUCACCAAAUAGCCUUGACUUCUCUGGCAACCAAUUCACUGGUGUCCUUCCCAUGGAAAUAGGAAAUUUGAAAAAUUUAGAACAUUUGGAUACUUCUGAAAAUAUGUUGUCUGGUAAAAUACCAGAACGUCUUGCAUGUUGUGUAAAGCUAGAAUUUCUAGCCAUGAGAAGAAACUUUUUCCAAGGGGUUGUUCCUUCAUCUUGGAAAUCAUUAAGAGGUCUUGAACAUUUAGACCUUUCUAACAAUAAUUUUUCUGGCAUGAUUCCAAAUUUUUUGGAGAGUUUUGAUUUCUUGAAAUUAUUGAAUCUCUCGUACAACCAUUUUGAGGGUGAGGUACCAACAAAUGGAGUUUUCAAGAAUGCAAGUGCAACUUCAAUUAAGGGAAAUGGUAAGCUUUGUGGGGGCAUACCAAAGUUUCAACUUCCUAACUGCAACAAUAAAAAAUCCAAGAAGAGCAGGUUGACUCUUACGUUGAAGCGGAUAAUCUUUAUACUCUUCGGGCUUCUUGGAGUAACUUUGGUUCUAUCGUUUUUAUUUCUAUGUUCUUCAAGGAAAAAAAAGAGAGAAAAUACCUCAAGUGAUUCAAUAAAUUUAUUUUUGAAUGUAUCUUACCAAAGUCUCCUGAAUGCUACUAAUAGAUUUUCUUUUGAUAAUCUAAUUGGUGUGGGUAGUUUUGGGUCAGUGUAUAAAGGAACUCUUGAUCAAUAUAGACAUGCAGUUGCUAUCAAGGUGUUGAACCUUGGGCGCCAUGGAGCUUCCAAAAGUUUCAAAGUCGAGUGUGAGGUUCUAAGAAACAUCAAACAUCGAAAUCUUGUACAGUUGCUCACAGCAUGUUCGAGCAUUGACAAUCAAGGUCAUGAUUUUAAGGCUUUGGUAUACGAGUUCUUGGGAAAUGGCAACCUAGAUGAGUGGUUACAUCCAAGUCCAAGAACAAAUGAUGCUCUUGAGAAACCAAGAAAGUUGAGUUUUCUUCAAAGAUUGAAUAUCGCUAUUGAUGUUGCUAGUGCAUUGGAAUAUCUUCAUUAUCAUUGUGAAACACCAAUUGUUCAUUGUGACCUCAAGCCUAGCAAUGUUCUUCUCGAUGAUGAAAUGGUUGGACAUGUAAGUGAUUUCGGCUUGGCAAGAUACCUUCAUGAUAUUAUCCAAGAUUCUUCUACUAAUCAAAUAAGCUCCAUUGGGGUUAGAGGAACGAUUGGUUAUACUCCUCCAGAAUAUGGAAUGGGAAAUGAGGUGUCAAUAUAUGGUGACGUUUAUAGUUACGGUAUAUUAUUAUUAGAGAUUUUCACUGGAAAAAGACCAACAGAUAACAUGUUCCACGAUAGCUUAAGUCUUCGUGGCUUUGUCAAAGAAACUUUGCCGGAACAAAUAAUUGACAUUAUAGAUCCUGCUGUUCUCGGGGAAAGACAAAAGGGAGAAAGAAGGAUGAAUGACACUUGUAAUGGGAAUCGAAAUGGAAGUUCCAAAGUUCAUGAAUGCUUAAUUUUGAUACUUGGAAUUGGAGUUGCUUGUUCCACUGAAAUUUCGAGAGAAAGGAUGAAUAUCAGUGCUGUUGUAGUUGAGUUGCUUUCAAUUCGGCAAAACUUUCUUAGAACCCGUAUACACACUACUCAGACAGAGUACAAGCAACAGGUGCAAAAGACUGAUGACUUCUUUUGAAGGCCAAG